AUGUCGCGUUCAGCACUCAUCACUGGAGCCAGUGGUCUGCUCGGACGUCAAGUGCAACGCGAAUUCCUCCUGGAUGGCUGGAAGUCGAUUGGCACGGUUCUGACUCGCAUCAUUGCACCCGACGUCAUUAGACUCGAUAUUCUUGACCGGGCAGAGAUCGAGAAAACACUAGACGACAUCAAACCCUCGGUUGUUGUGCAUUGUGCUGCAAAUCGCUUUCCAGACUCGUGUACUGCGAACCCGGAGGCAGCGAGAGCACUUAAUGUCGAGUCGAGUCGAGCAUUGGCCGAAACAACCACUGCUCGAGGCAUUUUCCUUAUUUAUAUAUCGACCGAUUACGUCUUCCCAGGGCGCCCAGGUGAGGCUCCGUACAAGGCAGACGCCACUCCAAGCCCGCCGAAUGUUUACGGCCAGACCAAACUAGAAGGCGAACAAGCCGUCCUCGAUGUUGCCAAGAAAUCUGGCGCAAAGAACAAAGUCGUUGUCCUUCGAGUCCCUGUCCUCUAUGGAACCUGUGAUGAGCCAAAGGAAAGUGCAGUCAACGUGCUCAUGUCGCAGCUGUGGAAUGCCCAGCAGAUCAGCGAGGGCGAGCCCAAAAUCCAGGUCGAUGAUUAUGCACUCCGGUUUCCCACAAACACCCAAGAUGUCGGCAGAGUGUGUCGUGACAUGGCGAAGCUGUACUUGGAUCCGGCAAACGCGGACAGCGAACUCCCCAGCAUCCUUCACUUUAGCUCGGAAGAUCAGAUGACCAAAUGGCAGAUAUGCCAGACGUUUGCCGACAUCAUGGGAUUGCCACUCGAAAACAUGGUUCCAUUCAAGCCCGAGGAAGAACCAAAGGAUGGCACUGUCCGGCCGUACGACUGCCACCUGGAUACCAGUGCACUGCAAGAUCUCGGCAUCGAUGUCUCAACCAUAGACUUUAAAACCUGGUGGAGACGCGAAGUCGGAGCAUUCCGCUAA